AUGGCAACCCCACCAGCGCCCGGAGUAUGGUGCCCUGCAGUGACCUUUUACCAUCCUCUAACGGGUGCCCUGGAUCUCGAGGCUCAAAAGAAAUACUUCGCUUACCUCUCUAAAUCUGGCCUCACAGGACUCGUAAUCCUUGGGUCCAACGCAGAGGCUUUCCUACUUACCCGAGAUGAGCGCAUUGCCCUCAUGAAAGCCGCGCGCGAAGCUGUUGGGCCAAACUACCCUCUGAUGAUCGGAGUGAGCGGCUUCAGUGUCGCGCAGGUACUCGAGAACAUCGGAGACGCGAUAGCAGCCGGUGCGAACUACGGUUUGCUACUGCCAGCGAGCUACUACGGCCCCGCGACGUCAAAAGAGGUGGUUAUGGGGUUCUACAACGAAGUCGCGCAGAAGUCCGAUCUGCCGCUAGUCAUCUACAACUUCCCAGGGAUAUGCAACGGCGUCGAUCUCGAUUCCAACACCAUUGCUGCCUUGGCUCAACAAAAUCCCGGCAAAAUUGUCGGCGUGAAGCUCACCUGUGGGAGCGUCGCGAAGAUCACCAGACUUGCUGCAGAACUGUCGAGUGACUCCUUCUCUACAUACGCUGGACAAGCAGACUUUCUCGUUGGCGGUCUUGCUGUCGGGAGCGCGGGAUGCGUGUCCGCUUUCUCGAAUAUCUUCCCCAAGACUAUUUCUAAAAUAUACGCCCUGUAUAUCAGCGGAAAGACACAGGAAGCACUGAAAUUGCAUCAGACCGCUGCGCUGGCGGAGACCCCGAUCAAAAGCGGCAUUGCUAGCACCAAAUAUGCAGUGUCACAAUACAGCGCAGUCGCUGCAGGCAUUCAGGAUGCCGAGGCAAAGCUUGGACCCAGACGGCCGUACCUGCCAGUCGGCGAUACAGUCAAAGUGAAUGUGAAGGACAGAAUGGAUGCUCUCGCUGCGAUUGAGAAAUCGCUGUGA